GUAGUCAAAUCUCAGAUGUUCGAGACUGAAGUUCAGUUAAUUUUGCUUUUUUACACCUCUCUCGCUGCGGUGAAGACAAGGGAAAAUUCCCUCUGAUUCUCGAACAAAGACUGUUCACGAGUUGCGUUCGACAAUUUCGAGUGAAAUUUGCAAUGAUGAAGAGCAAAAUGAAGAUCAUGGCCAUGGGGUUGUAUUUUUAUUAGGAGUAGAAAUUCAGACCCUGCUCCUAUUAAGUAUUGACGGAGACUGCCAGUUGCCAAUUCUAUUGAAGAUGAUAAUAAAGGUAAAUGGGUAGUUUCUGAGGCUGCUUUGAAGAGUAAAAUCAUGGGUUUCUAGUGCUGAUCUCAGUGCCUCCUUCAGUUUGUUCCAUUUUGUUUUUCAUUAUUUUAUAACAUUUCCUCACUCAUACGUUACUUGUAGAGCAUUUAUAUGUUGCUUAUUGCAUUUCAGAUUCCUAUACUUUGUCUUAUAUUAGAAGUUGAAAACAAAUCUUCAUUGUCGUUGUGGGGAAGUGGGGAAGGGGUUCUGUAUUAGUACUUCAAUUUUUUCCCUACGCAAAAUGAUGAUAAGAAUGCGAGUAGUUGACUACAUCAAAGCCGCCAAUUGUAUCCAUAAUUUCCUGCCCAGUUUCUUUCAAGUGGAUCGAGUUCCCGGUCAAGGUCAUCAUCCACUUCCAGUUUUAGUUACGCGCUUUCACCAAAAAGUGCUUCACUUUUUUUUUUUUACUGAAGUUGACUGUUGACUUGAAGCUAAUUGGUGUAUAUCCAUUAUAAUUAGCAAAUUGUUUAAUUAGUUUCUUUGCAUCUCUUAUCUUUCUUCUGCUGUUAGCACUUGGUUUCCUGCAAUGACCACUAGUUUCUGCACUAAUUCUUUAGUCCUCUACUUUCUUGGUUUGCUUUACUUUGUUAACUUAUCAAAUGCUGAAACUUUUGAUUACCCAUCUGCAAAUCUCUCUACCUCAUGGAGAAAUAGUCCCUCUCUUCCACAUUCUAUAGAAUUCACAGAUGGAUCGACUGUGAGAGCCAUCCUUCUCAGAGGAACCUUUGGUCCAAGGUUCGCUUGCGGUUUCUUCUGCAAUGGAACUUGCGACUCUUAUCUCUUUGCCAUCUUUAUUGUUCAAACCAAUAGUGCUUCAUAUAUAACCUCUCCUGCUAUUGGUUUCCCUCAAGUAGUUUGGUCAGCUAACAGAAAUAAUCCUGUUCGCAUCAAUGCGACCUUGCAGUUCACAUCAGGUGGAGAUUUGAUCUUGAAAGAUGUUGAUGGAACUAUAGCUUGGUCUACGAAUACUGCGGACAAGUCUGUUGCAGGCUUAAACUUGACUGAUAUGGGAAAUCUUGUGCUUUUUGAUGAUAAAGAUAGAGUAGUUUGGCAAUCUUUUGAUCACCCAACUGACUCUUUGGUUCCUGGACAAAAGCUGGUAUCAGGAAAGAAACUUAUCCCUAGUGUUUCUGCAACAAAUUGGACUCAAUUGAGUUUGCUUUUGAUCUCCGUUACUGAUGAAGGCAUGUUUGCUUCAGUAGAGUCUAAUCCACCACAGGUGUAUGAAGAACUUCAAGUUUAUGGCAAAAAGACUAAUAGAGAACCAACCUAUGUCACUCUUCGAAAUGGAAGCUUUGCAUUGUUUGCAAAUUCUUCUGAGCCAAGUGAGCCAGAUAUGUUCGUGAACGUUCCUCAGGCCUCAUCAACACAAUAUGCAAGAUUUUUUGCUGAUGGGCAUUUGAGAGUUUACGAGUGGGGAACAAAUGGGUGGACAGUAGUAGCAGAUCUGCUUUCAUCUCCAGGGUAUGAAUGUUUCUACCCUACAGUUUGUGGGAAUUAUGGCAUUUGCUCAGAUAGACAGUGCAGUUGUCCUUCGACGGCCUAUUUCAAGCAGAUAACUGAUAGACAGCCUAAUCUUGGGUGUUCUGCGAUUAUCCCCUUGUCUUGCGGAGCUUCAAAAAAUCAUAGUUUCUUAGAGCUCAAAGAUACAACCUAUUCCUCCUUUCAGACAGACCUUGAAAAUGUGGAUUCAGAGAGUUGCAAGAUGGCUUGUUCAAAGAAUUGCUCGUGCAAAGCUGCAAUUUUUCAAUAUGGUUCUGAUUCUGCCAGUGGUUUUUGCUACAUGCCAAAUGAGAUAUUUUCAUUGAUAAACAAUGAUAAGGAGAAAACUCAUUUCAACUCUACUGUAUACUUAAAGGUGCAAGAUGUUCCAGUUGUGCAAAACGCCCCAACUACAGAAGCUUUACUUCCUCAGCGAAAAAAGAAAAGCCGUACAGCAACUAUAUUAUGGUCCAGCCUUGGAUCUUUGUCAGGUUUGCUUCUUGUGAUUGGAAUUCUAGCGUCAUUAGCAUGGAAGAAAAGCGAUAAUGAUGGAUAUGAGGAAGAUUUUUUGGACCAAGUACCAGGAAUGCCUACAAGAUUUUCAUAUGAAGAUUUAAAAUCCUUGACAGAGAACUUCUCCAAGAUGCUUGGUGAGGGAGGAUUUGGCUCAGUUUUUGAGGGGACUCUAAUUAAUGGAACCAAGAUAGCGGUGAAGCGUCUCAAUGGUUUAGGCCAAGUUAAGAAAUCAUUUUUGGCUGAGGUUGAGUCUAUUGGCAGCAUCCACCAUAUGAAUUUGGUAAGAUUGCUCGGAUUUUGUGCUGAUAAAUCACAUAGGCUUCUUGUUUAUGAAUUUAUGUCUCGUGGGUCUUUGGAGAAAUGGAUCUUCCAUCAAAGCCUUGAGUUUGUUCUUGAUUGGAGGCAGAGAAAGAAGAUUAUCCUUGAUAUUGCAAAAGGACUCGCAUAUCUCCAUGAAGAUUGUACACAAAAGAUCAUUCACUUAGAUAUCAAACCCCAAAACAUUCUUUUAGACCAGAAGUUUAGCGCGAAGAUCUCUGAUUUCGGAUUGUCUAAACUGAUGGAUCGAGAUCAAAGCAAAGUUGUGACAGCCAUGAGAGGAACUCCUGGAUAUUUGGCUCCGGAAUGGUUAAGCUCAAUAAUCACAGAAAAAGCAGAUAUCUACAGCUUUGGAGUUGUUAUGCUGGAAAUGUUAUGCGGAAGGCGAAAUGUUGAUCACUCUCAGCCAGAAGAACAGAUGCAUUUACUAACCCUUUUCGAGAAGGCGGCCCAAGAGGAUAAACUGAAGGAUCUAGUUGAUAAUUUCUGCGAAGACAUGCAAUUACAUAUGGCAGAAAUAGUGAAUAUGAUGAAGGUUGCAGCAUGGUGUCUGCAGAAGGAUUAUGCAAAGAGGCCUUCUAUGUCAGUGGUGGUUAAAGUCUUGGAAGGUGUUACAGAAGUUGAACAUAACCUAGACUACAACAUAUCCAAUCCGACAUCGAUAACAGCAGUGGCAACAAAUAGUACUCAAAUGUUUCCAUCUGUUCUAUCUGGACCAAGAUAACAGUUCUAAGUCGGCAAGAAACCCAGAGUCAUAAGUUGCAGACUAUUGUAUCAUUUGCAAUUUAUGUCAGCACUAAAUUCAGAAGGUAAUAUACUGCAGGCACGUAAUCAUGUUACAGCAAUGAACUUGUCGAGAGCCUGUCACAAAGAUUAUAUUAUAUUUAUUCCACUGGGUUCUGCAUCCAA